AUGGAGGAAGGACUAAGCAGUAUUAAAAAAAUAAAAAGCAACAUAAGCAAAAUUUGCUUCAAUAAAUCAAUUAAACUAAAUGGUGAUUUUAAAGAUGACAAUAUUGAAAUAAUUCUAGAUAACAAAAACAUAACACCAAAGCCUAUAUAUUUCAAUUUUCAAGAAACAGAAACGAAGAAAUCUUUUGAUCAAAUAGAUUAUCUACUUAAACAAUUCGAUGACAAAAAUGAGUAUAUAGAUCAAAAGGGAACUAUAAAAAAAGCGAAUAGUGAAGAAAAUACAACAGAUAUAAUUCAUGAAAAGGUAAAAUAUCGACUAGAAGAAAAGGCCAUUACUGAAGAGACACAUCAGAAAAGUUUACCAAAAUGUAUUCAAAACGAAAAGGAUAUUUUAGAUUCCUAUGAUGAAAUUCUGCUAAGCGAAACAGAAACAAUAAAUCUGCUGAAUAUUCCAAAUAUAAUAAAUGAUGUAGAAGAAGAAAAAGAAGCAAUUGAGGACAAAAAUACAAGAUAUGAAAAAUUGCUAAAUAAUGACGAAAGUAAUUAUAUCAAUAAAACAAUACAAACAUUAAAUGUGUUCAAAAAGAACAAGGGAGUAUAUGUUUCUACCAUUAACAAACAGAACAAAAGUUCCCAAACAAACUUAUACGAACUGCACAAACUAACCAUAAGGAACCCAUCAGACAUAUCCAAAGUAUUGCAUAAGAAAUUUCUAAAAUACAGAAACAAAAAGUUAAAAAAAAUAAUGGAUGAAUAUGGAGAUUCGUUAAAUAUUAACGAAAGAGUAAUUUUAAAAAAAAACAUGUGGGUUCAAGUUGUUGAUAAAAAUGUGAUUGAUAACAAACAGACAACGAUCAUACCGAAAUCUUUUUAUAAAUCAAAGAAAAAUAAUACGUCUCUUUUUAAUACCCUCUUUUCAACAAAAAAUAUGUCUCGAACUUUGUCAAAUAAAAGUAGAACAUUCAGAACUAGGAGCAAAUUUAAAAACAUGAAAACGAUGAAAUUCUUAACAAGCAGUUUCAGUGAAGAUGAAUAUCUAAUAAAAUCCAUAAUAAAAAAGAAAAGAGAGCAAAAUGACAUACCCAUGAAAAGCCAAGAAGACAUUGAAGACGAUGCAAAUGCUAUAGCAUGGAAAAUAAAUAAUCCAAAAAAAAAUUUAAACAAAGGAAAUUUUGUACAUAUAUUAAAAAAUAUGGAAAAAUAUAUAGUACAAAAUAUUUUCUAUUAUGAACAAAUGCUUUAUAAGAACAUCUGCUUAAAUUAUCUAAAAGACAACAGGAGAAAUAACAAGGUAAAAAUGUUUGACGGGGAAAAUUAUGACGCCCUUACCAACCCAAAUAUUAACUACAAAAAAAAAAAAACUAUCAUAAGAAUAAAAAUAAAAAGAAAUUUAAAAAAAUCAAUUAACUUCCACAAAUUGAACAAAUGCAUUAAUCUAGAUAGUAAAACAGAAAUACAUGACCCAAUAAAUUCAACAACCAAAAAUGAUAAUUUGAAGUGGAUUACACAUUUAGAUUUACUAAAACGAGUGUCUGUUCUUUCCAAAGGGAAGAAAAAAAAAAUUACCCAAAAAAUUUUAUUUAGAAAAUUGAGGAGAAAAAUCAGGAAAAAGGUUGCAAAAAGAGUCGGGAAAAAAAUCCCAACUCAAAUGGAAAACCAAAUCGGGAGAAAGUUAAAAAGCGAAAAAUUUUACAAAAUGGAAAAGACUUACGAUAUACAAGAAGAAAAAAACAACACACAUGAACAACUGUGUAGUGAAAUCAUGCAGAAACAAACAAAUGUAGAAAAAAAAAAUUCACAUACAAAAAUGCCUCAUGGUGAUAGAACACAGGGGGAUCAUCAAAUAUUUGACAUUAUUGCAAAUGAAGAAAGCAAUGAAGAUAAAAUAAAAAAAAUUAGUACAUUAAUCCUAGAUGGUGUUUUAAAAGAUACCUGUAAUGAAGAGAAAAAGAAAGAAAUUUUAGAAAAAGAAAACGUAGAAAAAAAAAAAAUAGCAUAUGUAUUAAAGAAGAAAGAAAAAUUUACGUGUAUCAAUGGUAAUAGAAUAAAAUUCAUCUCAGAAGUAAGACACGAUGAUGAUCUAUUUAUAAGUAACAGUGAUGACCAUGUUAUGCACGAGGAUAAUAUGCAAAAUGACCAAAGUGUUUAUUUGAAGGGAUACAUGGGAAAUAGACAAAAUAAGGAGAGUACAAAUGAAAAUGACACGGUGAUGAUGUACAAAUUUAAAGAAAAAAAGUAUAUCAAAAACAUAUCAAUUGACAAAUUGUUCCAGUUUCAUUAUAACAAAUUAGAAAAAAUAGUGACAUCUAUAGAUACGAACAAAUUUUAUGAAGAUCACAUAACAGCGAGCUAUUCUAACACAUUAGAUAUAGGUAGUUUUCAGAAUAGUAAGGGGAAUAUUGCUAUUUUUAGUUAUAUCAAUCCAACUUAUCCUCUAAGGUUGUAUAAUUUAAAUUCAAGUGUUCUGAAAAUUAUGUACUCGAACAACAAUCCUAAUAUACUAGUUGCUGCCAUGUGUAAUGGACAUGUAAAUAUUUAUGACCUUAGAAGUAAUGAUCAAUCAGCAGUUUUGAAAUCUAUUAACAUAAAAAAUUAUCACGAUAAUUGUUUUGAACCCAUUUAUGAUAUUUCAUUUAAAAACAGUUACCUUACAAACAACACGAAUGAAAGUGUUUUCUACUCAGCUCAUGAAAAUGGUUAUGUAUAUCAAUGGAAUAUUGAGAAGGAAUUAAAAAAUAAAGAAAUUUUAUAUCUCAAGAAUAAGAAAAAUGAUUUAUAUCAAGAUUUAUCAUCAGUUUUUGAAAAUAAAAAUCUUGCAAAUAAACCUUUUAAUUCUUCCCUAUCUUGUAUUGCCAUAGAUAAUUACAUGAACCACGAUGAAGACUUUGUCAUUAGUAGCAUAGAGAAAAAUUAUGAAAAGCAAGCUGGUCAUAAUAAAAAAAAUUACGACAAUACCAGUGAAAAUGAUGUAAAAAGUGAAAUUAAGGAAUCGAAGGAUGUGCUAAGAGAUGCAGAUAUGCAUGCAGGAAAUAAAAUGGUUACAAAUGAAAAGACAACUGUGGCUAGUACUACGGAUGCUGCUACAACUGCUACCACCACAACUAGUGCGAGCUAUGCAAAGCAAAUAUCUAGGGAAGAUGAACUAUUGAACCAUUAUAAAAAUAUCACGGAAAAUAUUAUUGACAAGAAAAUAAAGCCAACGCAUUCUUAUUACUACCUUGGUACAAAGAAUGGAAUAAUAUACCGGUGCAAUAGUUGCUAUAACAAAUCUUACUUAAAUUAUUAUGACGCCCAUUUCGGUGCUGUGAACAAAAUAAAAAUAAAUAAAUUUGACCACGAUAUUUUUCUAAGUGCUGGUGAAGACUGUACAGUAAAAUUAUGGCAUAAAUUUUCGAAUAAGCAAAUAACAACUUUUAAAUCCAAGAAUUCAUUUACCUCUAUCAAUGAUAUAUUAUGGGUUCCCAACAAUUCCACAUCCUUCUUUUGCUGCUCGGAUGAUGGGCGAGUUGAAUUAUGGGACUUCAGUUUUUUCUCAAAAGACCCGUUGAUUAUUUUCUAUCCGAACCUAGUCGAAUCGUCUAAAAUUAUAUCCCUAAAAAUGUUUAACGAAAACGAUAUGUUACUAUGCGGAGAUAACCUAGCAAAUGUUUCUAUGAUGAAAAUAAAGAAUUUGUUCAAUAUGGGCUUCAGUGAUUAUGAGCAGAAAAUAAAGUUGACAAAUUGUUUGAAGUCUUUGGAUACGUAUGAUUAUUUCUGA